AUGAGUGGUUUUAAAAAGAAUGAUUUGUACAUAUAUGAGCUUUCACCGCCUGUGCUCAAUUCACUUCAGUUGAUGGUGUUUGAUGCCACAUUAAGAGAAGUACAAAAACCGUUAGAAAAUGAAAGAGAGGCUUCAUCUGUAGAUGUGAAUCAGCUACUGGAGAAGAGGAAGAUUUCUAAUUCAUUACAAUGUGGUUUGUGCUCUCUUGAAUUUAAAGAUCAAGACACAAGAAGAGGGCACUUUAAGACUAGUUUCCAUACGUUUAAUGUGAAAAGAAGUUUGAAAGGGUUGAAUCCAGUGUCCCAAAUCGAGUUUGAAGAGAUUGUACAGGGGGGUAAAAUCCAGAGUAAGACUCCUCCAUCUGAAUCUGAACCUGAAUCUGAAUCUGAAUCGUCCAUGGACGAGAAAGAAGAUAGUGAUAAUGACGAAUUGGAGGACAAUAAGGAAGAGAUCUUGGAGGAGACUAUAGCUAGAGAGUUAGAACAACUGUCUUUGAAUGGACAACAAAAUGCCGAAGAAAGUGCCGUAAGUCAUUUGGCUACGAGAUCAUCUCAGCUGUAUUUCAAGUCUCAACUUUUGUCUGAAUCCCAAGUGUUUGGGCUUUAUAAAUCAUUAUUUGAUAGUGAGACCAUAAAAAAACCAUUUGAACAAUUAAAAGUAUGGAAUGAAACAGAGGAUCAGGCUUCUUCAAUUUCUGCAUUAUUUAUGAUGGGUGGCGGUCAUUUCGCAGGUGCCAUAGUCUCUCACCAGAGGACCAGUGUGCAAGGCAAUCCAAAGAAACAAGAACAAAGUUUACAGGAGCAAGCAGUCAAUUUUAUUGAACAUAAGACCUUCCAUAGGUACACCACCAGAAGAAAACAAGGUGGUUCUCAAUCAGCAAUGGAUAAUGCUAAAGGUAAGGCAAAUUCUGCAGGUUCUUCCUUGCGUCGUUAUAAUGAAGCCGCUCUUAGAUCUGACAUACACAAUCUUUUGAAAGAAUGGAAACCAUACCUAGCUAAAUGUAAGAAUAUCUUCCUGAGAGCUCGUAAUCCCCAAGAUAAAAGGCUUUUCAUUGAAAUGAUUUCACAGGGAAGUACUGAUCAGAGGUUAAAAUCAUUUCCUUUCACCACUGGUCGUCCUAAUGUAGCGGAACUAAAAAGGUCGUGGUGCGAAUUAACACACCUCAAAAUAGCUCCUAAACCGGAACCAUUACCAAUCAAUGAGACACCUAGCGGAAGUACAAAGGCUUCCCAAAAAGCUCAAAAGGAAAAAUUGGAGCCUAUCAAAGAAAUCUCACCAGAGGAAAAGCACACUGAACAGCUUUUGUCACUUCUAAAUAAGGGUAGAGCGCCGCUAAUCGUUGCAUAUUUGCGCAAUAACAAGAUUGACGUCAAUUUCAAUUUGUCUCCUGAGCUUCAGCAUUUUGCCGCCCCUACACUGCUACACUAUGCAUCCCAACAAGGCUUAAAGCAGAUGGUUACAAUCUUGCUGACCAAUUUAAAAGCCAACCCUUGUCUGAAGAACAAAGUCGGGAAGACGCCUUGGGAUGUAUCGAAGAAUUCUCAAACUAGGUAUUCUUUCCAAAUUGCAAGACACAUAUUGGGUGAAAACUUUGCUAAUUGGGAAGAAGCUCAUGUAAAAGAGCCACUAAGUCGAGAACAGGUAGAAAAAAUUAAUAAAGAAGAAGAGCAACGUGCAAACAGCGAAGCUGAAGCUCUUAUCAAAAAGGAACUUGAUGCAGCUAGGAUCAGACAAAGGGAGGAGGAAGAAGAGAGGAAAUUGGAGAAGGAUGCCAAAAGGGGAACUGGAAGAGUGUUGGACAGUUCUACUGUCAAUAGAGAACAAAACUUGAACUCACUCACAGAUGAACAACGUAGAAGGUUAAUGAGAGAACAACGGGCUAGAGCUGCAGAAGCUCGAAUGAACAUUCGAAAAUAA